AUGAACGGUAUCGAGAGCCUUACACCGCCCAGCACGGAUGGGACAGAGACAACGAUCCUCAAGGACGACCCGACAUGGAAGGAGGGAGACUUCGUUCUGGUCUCCAGCGACGGAUGGAGGUUUCGAGUACCCUCUCACCCGUUACUCAGCCACAGCACCGUACUCUGCGACGCACAAGACUUCUGCCGCGGCGACAAAGAGGUCAAGUUCACGGACCCGGUCAUCGAGACUCGAGCGAUCAUCUCGCGCUUUCUCCAGCUCAUCAUGAACUACACGAUUGGAGAAGUGGAGGCGCCACUCGACCUGGCUGAGCGGCUUUGGAGCGGGAUGAAGAUUGCCAAGCCCAUGAGUGAAGACACGAUUGCGCCGCUGCACGCGUUCAUGAUUGGCGCGCUCCUCGACGACCCCGAGCUGUGCUACUUCUCCAUAGAGAAGGAGAUGCUCAACAUGAAGAAGUUCGGCCACAAGUACUUCCAGGCCCUCGAUCUCGCCAAUUUCCCCAUUACGCUCUGGGACCGCAUCCCGCCAGAGUACAUGCUGGCGCUGAACAAGUCCAAGCCGGCUGUCGUCGAGGGCAUCCUCGGCCCUGCGACUGCCUUCAUCCGCGAGAUCUCCAUGGCGCGCGAUAUCCGCUCCUCGCCGGAAAGCAAGUGA